CAAAAGUAGCAUUUAAACACCCCGCAAAGUUGUAGAAAUCGUAUAAUUGACGGAGGCUUUGUCGCUUGGCUGUGGAUGUGUUGUGUUGUUGGAAAAGAAGUGAAGAAAAUUUAUGAUAAGUUUUUGAAGCUAGACCGUGUUAAAGAAUGUAAUGUGCAAUAGGAACAGUUAAAAAUGUGUACAGUGUUUUCCAUAGUUAAAGAACAGCGGACGGAUUGGGAAAACUAAUGUGAAAAAGACGCAUCUUUAUUUUAAUGACGCUAGCGGAAAAGGGAAGACAGGUUGGGAUGCAGAAUAUUGGAUGCGUGGUCUGCGCGUUACCCAGAGAUGGCGCUAGUGUAGCAGCCGAGCAAUAGAAGCUGUACUGUGAUUGGUCGGUUGGUAGCUAGAGUGAAAAUUUGUGAAAAUGUGAUGUUUUGCUUACAAUUGUGGACUGAAAAACUAUCCAUAGAACGGAAAAUGCAUCCGUGAGGUAUUUGAAAACUGUUCCAGGAGGCAUACGUUUGAAGAAGUGGAUUACAAAUACUAGAACAUAGAAUUGAUGUGUUUUUGAGCUUACCGUAACUCCAGUAGAGGCUUGCUUCCGCUAUACAACGGGAAAGACGAGAAAGAAUAGAACUACUACCGAGUGAGCAAGCCUGACUAUGUACGAUAUACUGAGGCAGUUAACAGAUUAAUUGAAGGGCAUACAGUUUACUUGUAAGAUUGCAUCUAACAUAGUGAAGAACAGACAAUGACAGGACGGCAAUCCAAUGGCCCAGGUGGCAGUGCAUCCGUGGGCAAACGGAGGGGCCGCCCGCCAAAAACGGCCACAAUGGAUCGGCCGAAGAAGUUCCAGUAUCAUCUGAUGAAGAAGCCCAAAUAUUUGUGCAAGGAUACACAAGACGGCAGUACACCGUCGGCGUCACGCGCCUCAUCGCCACAUGGGAGUGAGGAAAGCCGUCCCUCUACCUCUCGGAGGACACCAGCAACGAAAGGUACGAGAGGCAGAAAAUCAACGCCUCGCGGACGUCCAAGCGGUCGAGGUCGUGGAGGACACAAUAAUUCUUCCGCCCGAAAAGCUUAUUCGUACCAUGAUUCGGAAUAUCAUUACGGUUCCGACUUUGGAGACGACAGCGACAAAAGCGAUCUCGACGAUGACUAUCUGCGUUCGCCCAGCGAUUCGGACGAAAGUCUCGGACAUGAAUCUGACAGCGAUUUCUCGAUGACCAGCUCAAGUGGUGGACCCGGCAUCAACGGGGCGAUUUAUCUGAAGGAUCCAAGUCCGGAUCCCGUUUGGCUGCAGGAGCGUGAAGUGCCGCCGCUCGAACUGCCCGAAUCGUCGAAGGAUCUGCUAGUGCCUACGGACAUUGUGCUCAAGUGCACGUCCAUCUAUGAAAUCAUCCGACGCUUCCGUCACCAGGUUAGGCUGUCUCCGUUUCGGUUCGAGGACUUUUGCGCUGCCAUCUGGAGCGAAGAGCAGAGCGCUUUGCUAACCGAGUUGCACAUCAUGCUGCUGAAGGGCAUCCUGCGAGAAGAAGAUUCGCAGCAAACGCACUUCGGGCCGCUCGAUCAGAAGGACAGCGUAAACAUUGCGCUGUACUUGAUCGACUGCAUUACCUGGCCGGAGGUGUUAAGAAGCUACAUCGAAAGCGAGCCCAGCUUAGAUCAGAGUGUGCUAAAGAUACUAGCUACUACCGAGUAUCCGUACGUUCCGGCCGAAGAUCGUUUGUACGUGCUGCAGUUUCUAACCGAUCAAUUUUUGGUAACGACACAAGUGCGGGACGAUGUGAUGCAGGAAGCCAUCCGGUACGAUGAUCACUGUCGUGUUUGCCAUCGGGUGGGAGAAUUGUUGUGCUGUGAAACCUGUCCAGCUGUUUUCCAUCUGGAGUGUGUAGAACCACCACUGAUAGACGUACCGAAAGGUGACUGGCAGUGCAAUCUAUGUAAAUCGCACAAAGUAUCCGGCGUUAUAGACUGCAUCUCGACGCAGGAAAAGCAGGGUAUGCUAUCGCGACAGGAAAUGCUCGGAUACGAUCGACACGGUCGGAAGUAUUGGUUCGUGGUGCGACGGAUUUUCGUGGAAAAUGAAGACUCGUCACAGGUAUGGUACUACAGCACGGUGAAGCAGUUCGAGCUGUUGCUCUCGAAGCUCGAUCCCGAUGAGCUCGAGGCGGAACUUUAUCAGGAGCUAGAUCAGAAGUAUCGCGAUGAUAUCGUGCGGCAAAUGACGCUGACUGAAACAUUAACAAAUCAACACAAGGGAGGAAAGAAAUCGUACAUCGAGGUUGACAAUCAGCGCGUGGAAAAGCUGCUCGGUCCGUCGGAGAUGGAUGAACAAGGCAAAGAAAGUGCUAGUUCGGCUGAUAUGGAGGGUGAGGAAGAUAUCAAGGAGGGGGGCGAGGCAGGAACGGCUACAGAGAACGGUGGUGUCAACCAAGCCAAGGACAAAGAGUCAUCAUCCGAUGAAACAAUGGUGAAGGAAGAGGAUGGCGCACAACAAGUGAAUGGUGGGGGCAGUAAACAUGUAACCCGAUCGAAAACAGGAUCACUAACACCGCGCACUUUUAAUUUGGAUGAGUUGAAGAAGAAAAAUCCAAAGGAAGAGCCGGCAAAUGUUGCUAGCGCUUCCAGUGCAAGCACGGCAACGGACGGUAUCGAUCGAUUGACGCGCCAGAAAGUAACCCAACUGUCGAACGGGACGCUCUACUUCAAGCUGGGUAUGGAAAAUGGACACAAAAAUUACGUCAACCAGUACGCCGUGCAUCCGAUCGCGUUGAACAAACCGCAGCGCAACGAGGAACGUGAUAAGAAGAGACACCUUUCGCACAAAUUCUCACUCACGCCGGUGUCGGAGUUCAAAUGGCUAGGCGGUGGAUUGUAUGCGACUCAGCAGCAGAUCAUUACGACCAUUCGCCAAACGUUGCUUGCACUAGAGCAAGCGAUCGUAACGCCGUUCUUGCAUCAUAAUUGGAACCGCCUUCGGAAGGUGUGGAUCAAUGCGAUCGGUGUGUGCACCACCCCGAAUGAGUUUGCACGGGCGAUGUGUAUGUUCCAGACCUGUCUGCGCGGUGUAGUAUUUGCUAGCGUUUGGCACGAGCAGCUAGGGCACACAAAAAUGUACCGGAUAACGCUGGCCGAACGGGAGGAAAAGAAGAAGCUGGAAAAGCGCGAAAAGCGCGAACGUGACGACGAGGAGGAGCGGAACAGAACGGCGAUUAAUUUCGUAAAGUAUUCGCUCGGCUUGAAGCAUCAGGUAUGGAAGCAAAAGGGAGAAGAGUACCGUAUCCACGGACAGUGGGAUUGGAUCUGGAUGGGAAAUGGACGUCGAAGGAAGACAGUCCCCGGGCGAACAACGAACGAGGCGGCUCAUGUGGUACUGCCGGUGCUGCUACCUGAAACGGGAGAGCGAAAGGUGCAGAAGCUGGAUUGGCGAUCUUACGAAGCCUUCGUCAAUUGCAACGACAAAACGUCCGGAACUUUUCUGUUCCGGUCGGAACAGACGCCAGCGGCCGUGGAUUUUCUCACCGACAUAGGUUCGCUGAACGAAAAGUUGCUACAAAAGAUUAAUCAAAUUGAAACGUUCGAGGUUCCGCAACAGUAUAGCACCGAAAUUGAUGUUUCGCGUGCACUUUCCACACCGCAGGGCCGCAUACUGUAUCCGAAGGUGGGCCGAAAGUGUCCACUGCUGGAAGGGUUGCUACAGCGCCGUAUCAACUUGCGCGACGCAGAGGAGCAGCGUAUUAAGUUGGCCAAGGAACGCCAGGAAGAGGGUUUGGGUGAAGAGCCUGCUGUGGUUUCGAAGUCGGACACUACACCCAGCAAUACGACCGUCAUAACGGUGCGUGUGCUUCCACCCAGUGAGUGCAUUGAGAAGCAGCUGCAGCGCAUUAUCAACAGCCAUGGAACCGCGGGACAGGUUGGUACGGUUCCGAUAAAGCCCCACGUAACCGCUUAUCAGCAACAUCUUCGCAACCGACACUAUCGGGAAAAGUUACAGGCCUUGGUCAGUCAGACGCAAGAGUUGCGUGUGAAGUAUCACUACGCGAAUCGAAUGUCCGCACAAAACAAGUGCUACUCGGUUUCCUGCAGCAGUGCCAGUAGCUCGUCGUGCUACUCUGCUUUGUGUCGCGAGAAGGUAGCUUUAAGGGCGAAACUAUUCGCGGUGCUUAAGCAAAUGCAGGUGUUGGAAAUUCAGCACAACAGCUCCGUUCAAGCUACGGCCACAGCUGGUGGUGCGGCUGCAACAACUCCUGCAAAGUCCAUACUGGAGCAGAAGCUGACGGAAGCGAGAAAGGAGAGCUUUGAAAAUUUACUCACCAACUUCUCUGUAAAUCUGUUCAAAUCGCUAAAUGAUGAUUUGGAGCGAUCGAAGCGAACGCUGGUGGACUAUGACGAAGGGCUGCUGGCCAAACUAACGGCCGACGUUUCACUGAAGCAGGAAAUUCCCGACGAUCAAGGUGUAGCGGUGAAGGAGGAACCCGAUAUGGUCACGGCACCAUCCGUCAUGGAUUGUAAUGAUGUUGUCAAAGAGGAAGUUGUGUGCAGCAGUGAGGACAACGCAAGCGAUAGUACCGCUGCAAUGCUGGACGUAACAACGACACCGCUGAUCGAAGAUGUAAAACCGAUGGAUGUGGAUGACGGUGCAGUUGCACCAUUGAACGAGAAUUCCAAUUCCAACUCACUUUCUUCGGAUGUUUCCCUCGGAGACGGAACGCGCGUUACACGCGGACGAGGACGAUCUUCACGCUUAGCAACGAAGCUUAGCGACGAAUCAGCUACCACCGCUAAUGUGUCGAAGGAACAUCCCAACACGUUUCCCUCCAAGCCAAAGGAAGAAGAAAUGCCAGAGAAGAAGCCGGAGUUUAUGAUUCCGAUGCGACCGAAUCGUCGUUUUGCGCUUCCUUCGCGAAGUGCGAAAAAAGAUGAGGUGGAAGUAAAGGAAGAAGCACCGGAUGGCAGUGUGCGCGUGUAUUCUGUGGCUAAUACGAAGGGGAAAAUUUAUCUCAAGAAAACACUUCCACCGGUGGUGAAAGCGAACACCGGUUCAGGUGCGGCCGGCGAUGGAACCAAACCCAAAACAGACGUCAGAAUUCCCAUUCUGGGUAACGGGAAACCGCGCUAUCCCGUGGUCAAUUACUUCCGCACGAAGAAGGCAGGCGUAUCUUCGAUCAUGGUGUUGCCCCGUGGCGAACUGUUGAAGCUAGCCAAACAUGGCGGACGUUUGCCGGUGUCGGGUUUUCACCAUUUGGCAAAGGCAAACACUUCCGUGUGGCCCUAUCCCUGCUCGCGCCCGUUAUUUAAAACAUGCUGGCUGUAUCGUAGCGUAAAUCUUUCAUCGCUGGCAUCGGUAGGAUUGCAAUUGCGCAUUCUUUGGACUUGCCUGCGAUGGGAUGAUAUGGCCAUGAAGCCGGUAACGGCCGAUGGCAAACAACAGGUGACGACGGAGUCGGAAAUCAUGUCACUGGAAUUGCUUCGUCACAGGCACGUAGGGAUGUUUAACGAGCGGUUACAGUAUCUGCGCCGGAAAGUGGUCAUACCAUUGGAGUUGCCGAAAACUGUACGAGCAGAAGUUCAAUCCAUUCGUUCGGGAUUGCGCAAACGGAAACGAGCCGAAUCGCCCCAGCAAACCGAACCGCAAGUGUCGGAAGAAUGGAUCGACGAAGACAAGCUGGAGCUGUGGGAGAUAAAGCUGUACGGUGAAAAGCAGGAAAAGCUGGUCGCAGCCUCAGCCCAACCAGUGACGCGAAACAGUACGGGCAAGCUACCGAUGGGCAAUCGACUAAACGAUUCGUCUUCGACCGCUUCGCCUGGUGGUGGUGGUGGUACGAUGGCUAACAAAUCGUCUUCCUCCGUUACCAAUAAAGUAUCGCGCGAUGAAAUCAAUGAAAAGAUGGAACAACAAUUACGUAUACAGCGGGCAGCACACAAUCAAAAACGAGCUUUGGAACUGAAGCAAGAAGGUGGCACCACACCGAAAGGCACCGGUAUAAUUCAGCGCAAGAUUUUGGUCAAGAAUCCGGACGGUACAACAAAAAUCAUCCAACAGAAUGUAGCGACCAACUCCAAUGCCAGUCACCAGGCAGCUGGAACCUCGAAACCGGACGGUCCGCAAAAGGUGCAAAUCAUUCGUGGGCCAGACGGGAAAGUAAGCGUGCGUGGUUUGAACCCAGGCCAACAGUUGAUUCAAACGCCGGAUGGUAAAUUGCACGUGCUAAGCAGUAAUCCCAACUCACCCAAACAAAUGAUCACAAAGAUCGGACAGAAGAUUGUAAAGGUUGGUCAAUCCGGGACGCCCAAUUCCUCUGCGGGUGCCACAUCGACAGUUACAAGCAGCGAUACCAGUGCUCCAAACACGCCUACACAACACAUACUAAACAAGGGAGUAUUGAUGCGCAGUGUCACAUCGACUCCGACUGGCGCGGCAUCGCCUCAACCGGUCAAACAGGUCGUACAGCGUCAGCUCUUGCAAAAGGUACAAACCACAAACUCAACAGCAAGUGUACAAAAUGUACAGCAAAUCGUAUCGUCCUCUGCGGCACAGAAAAUAGUGAUCAACAACCAGGGCACGCUGCAGAAAGUCAUUACAAGCAGUGGCCACCAAUUGUUGGCAACAACGACACCAGUGCAGAAAGUAGUGACGCAGUCGAACUUGCAACAGCUACUCCAAGGUACACAGCAUCAGGGCGGUCAGAAGGUGAUCGUCGAACCGACGGCAGCAGCUGCAGCAGCUGCGGCCGCCGCCGCCGCAUCGAGCACCGCUCAAUCGCCGAUGCCGACGCAAAAAGUGUUGCUCGCUACCACACCCGGUCAGCCGACCGUUACCAAACAAAUAUUGAUACAAAACGCAACCAGUGUUGGAGGUACUCCGCAGCAAAUCAUCAUCAACCAUGGCGGUCAGAAAAUGGUUCAGCAAAUAGUGGCGUCUCCCGGCCAGCAGAUAAUGAUCGGUGGUCAGAGAAUCAUUCUCAACAGUGGACAGAAGCUGGUGAACAACACUCCGCUGCAGAUACAAACGCAGCCGACCGUUGUGUCGGUGGCCGGCGGUGCACAGCUAACGACGACCGGGACGAUGCAACAAAUUCAGAAAGUGCAACAAAUCGUGACGGCGGCUCAACCGACUGUUGCUUCCGCUACUAUACAACCACAGCAGCAGCAAACUCAGCAAAUACAAUUCCAGAUUCAGCAGCAGCCCGCUACUAUGCAGGCGGUGGCUACGACCUCUCAGCAACAGCAACAAACCGUUGCUAUCAGUCAGGUGCAAAGCUUGGCCCAACAGCUCUCUAGCGGUAAAUUGCAGUUGGCGAAUGUUAACGGGCAACAGGUUCUGCUGCGACCAAUAAGCAACAAUCAGGCACAGGUUGUUGCACACAUCAAGGCGCAACCCAACGGCACAUCACAAAUUAUUCCUGUCGCUAACCUAGCCGACCCUGCCCAGGCACAGCAGCAGCAACUACAACAACAACUGCAACAGCAGCAGCAACAACAGCAACAACAACAACAGCAGCAGCAGCAACAGCAAUUGUUACAACAGCAGCAGAUUUUACAGCCUGCCGUACAACAGGUAUUGCAAACAACAACAGACAUUAAUAAUGUCGUGCUCCAGCAACAGCAGCAGCAGCAGCAACAGCAACAGCAAAUCAGCAAUUCGGUGGAACAGUCACUGUUACAAGGGCAGCCCCCCGGCACGGUUAUUAAAUGUGUUACGGCACAGGUAGUGCAUACCGGUCAAGGACCCAGGAUUGUUUUACAAGGACUGCAAGGCAGCGAUUUUACACCUCAACAAACCGCACUGGUACAACAGCAAGUCAAACAGCAAUUGCUAAGAGUUCAAGAAUCAAAUGGUCGGCAAGGUAGUAUGAUUGGGCCAACGAAAAUCUAUCUGGCCAUUCAACCAGCCCAGAACUCGGUAGCGACCACCGGUGCCGUUGCCAGCCAGCCUCCACCACUGACGCCGGUGCAAAUAAAGCACGAGUCCGGAACACCGAUACAGAUACACCAUCAAGACAAUACAACGGAAGCUGUUGCGGAUAUGGGUACGUCGGAGGAUACUGCUAGCAAUACUACGAUACCUGCCGUUCCGAUGAUUGCCGGAACAAACAAUAGUUCGAUCGUUGAUGACGGAAAGCCACGCAUCCUUUCGAACAUCAUCAUUAAUGGUGCCAAUAAUAAUGCGACUGGAAUUAAUCCGUUGGUGAAGAAGGAGUUGAUCCAAAAAGUGAGUAACAAUCUGAACAAGCAACAGCAGCAAAAGAUGCAGCAACAGAAUGUACAGCUAGCAGAGGCUGAGUCGUCCGAUGAUACGGCAGCGCGGCUCUUGAAGGAUGUAGCAAACGAUGCAAAGGAGCUGGAAGGAGAGGAUGGUGCCGAAGGGAAGAAUUCGUUCGUUGUAACACCGGAUUAUAUUCAGCAAUUGAUUAACAAUGCCCGCAAACAAGGAAAUACGCCUGAAAUAGAGGAAAAACUGCUAAAUUUGCAGCGCUAUCAUGAAAAGAACACUAAACCCGAGGAUCGACCCGAUCGUACGAUUGCACUGCAGCACAACUACAGCAACAUGACGGGGAACCGUAGCGAAUCACACAGUAAUAGUAGCCGUACCCGUAAACGUGUGAAUCCGCGUGUGGACGAUGAUGAUGAUGAAUGGCAGAUGGACACCCCGAAGCGCUCGCGUCCUUCCAAAAGCACCUCAUCCGCCACUGCAAGCGGUGGUAAUGCAUCGUUCAGUCCGGGAACAAGCAGCCGGGAACGAAAACUUUCCAACAACGAAAACCAUGGCAGUUCUCCGAGCAAAAGACGAACAGCAGCACCAACAAACCGUCAGGCACACGAAUCCCCAACCAUGACGGCUGUGGCUGUGUCUGCGGAUGGAAAAUCCGAUCCUCCCUCAGCUGCUCGGAACAGGAAUGCGGACAAACGGAAGCAACAUGCGGCCGGUGAUGGUACUGCUUCGGGUGGCAAUGUUGUUGUUAGCUCCUUGGCCACUGGUAACUCGCCGCAGCAACAGAGUCCACAGCAGAGGCAGAACAAAUUGCAGGCACAAUUGAAUCGUCACAAGGAACAGUUAAAGAAAGACAUUCUCAAGAAACGAUCUCAUCUCGAAAAGGAAUUGCAGGUACAGAUACAAAAGGAACUCUCCGUCGAGCUGCAGUCGGCUUCUGGCACCACAAACGUCCGGGCGGCACCAGGUGGUGGAGGAGCUGUGGUGGUAGCGUCGGCGGCUGGUACGACAGCAUCGUCCCUCCAACAGCAACAGCAGCAGCGGCAGGAGAACAGUUCGCUUCAAACACCACCAACGUUCGAGUCGAUCGUGUCCAAUGCGGACGCACAUGGGGAGAAUGAACAGCUGGUGCCGCCCGGUCGUGGUAGCUCGAAGCAAGCGACGGAUAAGAGUUCCUCAACAUCAACCACAGCCACCACAAGCAGAAGGAGAACGACUGCGGGAGCAAAUGCGGCAAAAGAACAAGCAUCCAACACGCCGGCCGCUGCCGGUAGCAAACGAGGCCAAAAGCAUGCCACGCCAGCAAGUUCGAAAGCUGGAAACACUCGAUCGUCGGGUGGCCGUGGAUCGGGGCAAACGAAACGAGGAGGUGCGAAAAAGAAUAAUAAAGCCCAAACGCAUUGCAUCUGUCAGACACCGUAUGACGAUUCGAAAUUCUAUGUUGGUUGCGAUCUGUGUAAUAAUUGGUUCCAUGGCGAUUGUGUUGGUAUCAGCGAGGAAGAGUCGAAGAAGAUCACAGAAUACAUCUGCAGCGAAUGUAAGCAUGCUCGGGACACACAGGAGCUGUACUGUCUCUGCCGACAGCCGUACGAUGAAUCUCAGUUUUACAUUUGCUGUGAUAAGUGUCAGGAUUGGUUCCAUGGUCGUUGCGUUGGUAUUUUGCAAUGCGAGGCUAACAACAUCGAUGAGUACAGCUGCCCGAACUGUCAGAUGAACAAUGCAAUUAAUUUUGCCAACAUGAAAACGCUUAGCAUGAGGGAGUUUGAAAAUCUUAAGAAACUGAUCAAACAAAUACAGCAACACAAAAGCGCCUGGCCGUUUAUGGAACCGGUCGAUCCAAACGAGGCACCGGAUUAUUAUCGUGUAAUAAAAGAACCAAUGGAUCUGCAAAAGAUCGAAACAAAAAUCGACAACAAAAUCUAUCAAACACUGUCCGAGUUCAUCGGCGAUAUGACGAAAAUAUUCGACAACUGUCGGUACUACAACCCGAAGGAAUCGCCAUUUUUCCGCUGUGCCGAAAGUCUCGAAUCGUUCUUCGUGCAAAAGAUCAAAUACUUCCGCGAGCAUCUCAUCGAUCGAAACGAUGAUUUGGUGGGGGUCGGUACUCUCUCCUCUACUACAGCAGCAGCAGCAGCAGCACCAGAGACAUCUGCUGUGACCGCUACAGCGUAGUCUUGUAACUCCAUUCUGUACAAUUAUCUACAGAAUGGCUAGAUGACGGUUAGCGCAGACGGGAGGGAUAUGUAUGUUGUUAACAUAAUUUAAAACCCAUUUUAAAUUAUUACCCCCGGGGGAUUAGAACGUUACACACUGGUUCUUUUGUAACCCCUGAUCCCUUGGACGACAAACGAAUGAGUCAUAUUCAUAUUAUGCAGCGUAGAAUAUAUUUAAUUUAAACAAGCCCCACGAGAUUUUAAAAACAAUAAUAUACGCCUGUUUAAUAAGAGGAGAAGAGCAAAACGAGUUGGUGUAAUUUGAGGUGCAGGGCAUGGGCCGGUUCCCAAAUAGUAGAGUCGUCGGUAUAAAAGGUCUCCCCAACCUCCACCCUCCCAACCACAGCAAAUUUCAAUUGGUUCAAGCAUACAUCGUUUUACAUGUGUAUAGUUUUCCACCGAUUUAUCAUUUUCACUGUAUAUAUUUUUAAAUAACGUACCUACGAUGGCGAUUUCGUGAGAUAAGAAGAAAAAAAAGAUCAUGAGAAGGUUUGGCGUGUGUGUGUGUACAGGAAAUACAUUUUAAGAAUUUUAAAGUAAGCGCACAGUUUACAUAGGUAUGGUGGUUCCAUUCGAUAUUGAUUAAAUACAGUCAGCUACUACAAACUCAUUAGUAGACGUUUACCUAUAUUUACUUUAGAUUUACCUUUCCAUAUAUGUUUAAUCAAUUGUAAUCAUAGAGAGAAAUAGAGGGAAGUGAAGGAUGUCCAUUGCAAAGGAACACACAUUUUUAUUGUAGAUAUAUCAACACACAAGCAUCCCAAACACCCACACACUUGUUUAUUGCUACUAAUUGUGUGGGAAAACAAAAACUCGUGCACAAGUUAAAUCUGUAAAGAACGGCGUUAUAGUUACAUAGUAUUAUUGCUUUCGUCACAUUGUAUCAUUUACUGAAGAAACCGUGAGUUUUUUUUGUUGCAUUAGGAAUGGCAAAUAUAACGCCAAGAUUAACCGGGUCGUGAAAAGAGGCCCCUUAUUAUACUGAACUUGCAAUAAAUGUAAGAAUCUGGACAGAAUUUUUAAAACAA